AUGUGUCAAGUUCUUCUCGCCAUCCUCGCGUUGUUCCUUCCACCGAUCGCUGUACUUCUCGAUCAAGGAUGUACUUGUGAUCUUCUCAUCAAUAUUCUUCUCACAUGCCUUGGAAUCAUCCCGGGAAUCAUUCAUGCUUGGUAUAUCAUCCUCUGCAAGGAGAAGACUGUUGUUCAGAACAUAUACGUCCAAACUAGCAAUCAUGGAACAGCUCCACCAGCAUACUCGGCAUAA